AUGGCGACCGAUGCAACUUCUUUGAAACUCUUCGGUAUAAAUCUUCUUGACACUACGUCGGAUCCAAACCGAUCAUCGGAAGCAAGAUCCGGACCCGGAUCCGAGUCACGGAAAUACGAGUGUCAAUACUGUUGUAGGGAGUUUGCAAACUCUCAAGCUCUUGGUGGUCACCAAAACGCUCACAAGAAAGAGCGUCAGCUUCUUAAACGCGCACAGAUGCUAGCCACUCGAGGCUUGCCACGUCAUCACAACUUUCACACUCACACGAAUCCGCUUCUCUCCGCCUUCGCGCCGCUGCCUCACCUCCUUUCUCCGCCGCAUAUGAUGAUGUCGCCUUCUUCCUCGGCUUCUAAGUGGCUAUACGGUGAGCACGUGUCGUCACAAAACGCCGUUGGUCCCAUGUAUUUUCACGGUGGAUCCGGGAGAAGGGGAUUUUAUGGCGGAGGGAUGGAGUCUAUGGCUGGAGAAGUUAGAACGCACGGUGGAUCUUUGCCGGAGAUGAGGAGGUUCGCCGGAGAGAAUGACCGUGGUAGUGGAGUUAAGUUAGAAAAUGGUAUUGGGCUUGAUCUCCAUUUAAGUCUUGGGCCAUGA